AAUUUUCUGAGUUGGAUCAACCCCUUUUUAUCCCUUUUAUAGGAGAGAACCUGAAUCUACCUUUUUCGUAUUAAAAUGCAUAUUCCAGAAUCCAAAAUUCUAUCCACAACCACAAAUGGCCCGCGAGCAAUAGCCGGCAUCCCUCCCUGUGUGCUUUGCAAAUAACAGCUAAAAGCCCGCCCGCGACCUUUCCCCAGUCUUCUUUUGUUUUAAUUUUUCUUUUUUCUGCUUGCUCCUGUUUCUCGUGACGACGUGACUCACUCCAGACUUCCGUCUUGGGGAAAGAGCUUUGGACUUUGGAGACUUGCGGAAAACGUCGGCGUCUUGGUUGAGCGGAGCGGAAAGGAGGGAGAAAAUUAAAGCCGUUUCAACUCAUUCCGAUAUACGUAUAGGCGAUAGAGAUAUACAUAGAUAAAUAGAUAUUCAUAGGUUUAGAUAUCCAGAGAGGGAGAGAGGGAGAAAUGGAGGCGGAGGAUAAUGUGGUGAAGAAGAUAACGAUUGGAGUAUGUGUAAUGGAAAAGAAGGUGAAAUGCGGCUCCGAGGUGUUUUCCGCGCCUAUGGGGCAGAUUCUGGACAGAUUACAGUCAUUCGGCGAAUUUGAGGUUGUACAUUUUGGUGACAAGGUUAUCCUUGAGGAUCCGAUUGAAAGCUGGCCAAUAUGCGAUUGCUUGAUUGCUUUCUAUUCUUCUGGGUAUCCUUUGAAGAAGGCUGAGUCAUAUGCUAAAUGGAGAAAGCCUUUCCUUGUAAAUGAGCUGGAGCCACAACACCUUCUACAUGAUAGGAGGAAAGUCUAUGAGCGGCUUGAGAUGUUUGGAAUUCCUGUUCCAAGAUAUGCUUGUGUUAAUAGAGAAGUCCGCUAUCAAGAGCUGGAUUAUUUUAUUGAGGAGGAAGACUUUGUUGAAGUUCAUGGGAAUCGCUUCUGGAAACCUUUUGUGGAGAAACCUGUUGAUGGUGAUGACCAUAGCAUAAUGAUAUACUACCCCAGUUCAGCAGGGGGAGGAAUGAAGGAAUUGUUCCGGAAGGUUGGAAAUCGCUCUAGUGAGUUUCAUCCAGAGGUUAGAAGAGUCAGGCGUGAAGGGUCCUACAUAUAUGAGGAAUUCAUGCCAACAGGGGGAACAGAUGUGAAGGUAUACACUGUUGGCCCUGAUUAUGCACAUGCAGAAGCAAGAAAGUCUCCUGUUGUUGAUGGUGUUGUAAUGAGAAAUCCUGAUGGAAAAGAGGUCAGAUAUCCUGUUCUACUUACCCCCACAGAGAAGCAGAUGGCCAGAGAAGUUUGCAUGGCCUUCAGGCAAUCCGUUUGUGGCUUUGAUCUAUUGCGUUGCGAGGGGCGUUCCUAUGUUUGUGAUGUGAAUGGGUGGAGUUUUGUGAAGAAUUCCUACAAAUACUAUGAUGAUGCUGCUUGCGUGUUGAGGAAGAUGUUUCUAGAUGCCAAAGCCCCACAUCUUUCCUCAACUAUUCCUCCUACGUUACCAUGGAAGGUCAAUGAACCAGUUCAGCCUUCUGAGGUCCUAACACGCCAAGGAAGUGGGCUUGGCACGUUUGGGCAAUCUGAAGAGCUACGCUGUGUAAUUGCUGUAAUUAGACAUGGUGAUAGAACUGCGAAACAGAAAGUAAAGUUGAAAGUUACUGAGGAAAAGCUGUUGAAUUUGAUGUUAAAAUACAAUGGGGGAAGACCAAGAUCUGAGACAAAACUUAAAAGUGCUGUUCAAUUGCAAGAUCUCUUGGAUGCAACAAGAGCUUUGGUACCACGAACUAGACCUGGUCGAGAAAGUGAUAGUGAAGCAGAAGACCUUGAACAUGCUGAAAAGCUUCGUCAAGUUAAAGCAGUUCUUGAGGAGGGAGGACAUUUUUCUGGUAUUUAUAGAAAAGUUCAACUGAAACCACUCAAGUGGGUUAAAGUUGCAAAACCUAAUGGUGAAGGUGAAGAAGAAAGACCUGUUGAAGCUCUUAUGGUUCUCAAAUAUGGCGGUGUUCUCACUCAUGCUGGUAGAAAGCAGGCCGAAGAGCUCGGCAGAUAUUUUAGGAAUAAUGUGUAUCCAGGUGAAGGUACAGGCCUUCUUCGUCUCCAUAGUACGUAUCGCCAUGAUCUUAAAAUAUACAGUUCAGAUGAAGGUCGAGUACAGAUGUCAGCGGCUGCAUUUGCUAAAGGUCUUCUGGACUUGGAAGGACAAUUAACACCUAUACUGGUGUCCCUGGUUAGCAAGGAUUCUUCUAUGUUGGAUGGACUUGACAAUGCUAGUAUUGAGAUGGAAGAAGCAAAGGCGAGAUUGAAUCAGAUAGUAACUUCUGGAUCAAGGACCAUUCACAAUAAUGGAUCAUCAGUGCAACCUUGGAUGGUUGAUGGGGCCGGAGUCCCUUCAAACGCACAUGAACUUUUGCGUGAAUUGGUGAAAUUGACUAAGAAAGUGACAGAACAAGUGCAGCUUCUUGCUAAGGAUGAAGAUGAAGAACUUGCUGAAACAAGCUCUUAUGAUGUGAUUCCACCAUAUGAUCAAGCGAAGGCACUUGGUAAAACAAAUAUAGAUGUUGAUCGGAUUGCUGCUGGUUUACCUUGUGGUAGUGAGGGGUUCCUUCUCAUGUAUGCAAGGUGGAGGAAACUUGAAAGAGACUUAUAUAAUGCACGCAAGGAACGAUUUGAUAUUACCCAAAUUCCAGAUGUUUAUGACUCCUCCAAGUAUGAUCUUUUGCAUAAUUCACAUCUAAAUCUGGAAGGGUUGGAUGAACUCUUCAAUGUUGCACAGUUACUUGCAGAUGGGGUAAUUCCUAAUGAGUAUGGAAUUAAUCCAAAGCAGAAGCUAAAAAUUGGAUCAAAGAUUGCUCGGCGCUUGUUGGGUAAAAUUUUGAUUGAUUUGAGGAAUACAACUGAAGAGGCUGCCAGUGUUGCUGAGUUGAAGAAUAAUCAAGAACAGCAGUUAACAGUUAGCAAGAAUGGGAAAGAAGAGACAGAGCAUCAUCUCAAGCCUCAUGCAAGGUCAAAGGAAGAGACAGAGUAUCAUCUCAAGCCUCAUGCAAGGACUGAAGAACCUAGAAGAACGAGCUUCACUAGUGAAAAAUCAGUGGAUCAGGAUGAUGAUGAUGACAAGGAGACCAAGUACCGUUUGGAUCCAAAAUAUGCAAAUGUGAAGACUCCAGAACGGCAUGUCCGGACACGGCUAUACUUUACAUCAGAAUCACAUAUUCAUUCCUUGAUGAAUGUUCUGCGUUAUUGUAACCUGGAUGAAUCUCUUCAAGGAGAGGGGAGCCUAGUUUGUGAUAAUGCUUUAGAACGCUUAUUUAGAACAAAGGAGCUUGACUACAUGAGUUACAUUGUAUUGAGAAUGUUUGAAAACACAGAGGUGAAUUUAGAAGACCCUAAAAGGUUUCGCAUAGAAAUGACUUUCAGCCGUGGUGCAGAUUUAUCGCCUUUGGAGCCAAAAGAUGAAAGAUGUUUUCCUAUGAAUUUGCAGAAUCAAGAUCCGGAGGCUACUUCAUGGCAUCAAGAGCACACAUUGCCUAUAAUGGGUCCUGAAAGGCUUCAAGAAUUAGGAUCAUAUCUGACAUUGGAAAAGGUUGAAAAGAUGAUUCGUCCUUUUGCCAUGCCUGCUGAAGAUUUUCCACCACCAUCAGUCCCUCAAGGAUUUUCAGGAUACUUCUCAAAAAGUGCAGCAGUGCUAGAGCGUUUGGUAAACCUUUGGCCAUUUCACAAGAAUGGGAGCACCAAUGGGAAAUAGUUCUCAAUUUUUGUAGUUUUCCUCGCCAGGGUGAAGCUCAAGGCCAUUUUCUGCACACGGAUGAUAACUCUCAUUCUUCGCUCAUCAUUUGUUCAUAUAUUCAUAUAUAGAACGUUGACAAGGGUGCGUUUAUUUUGUAUUGUUUCUUCCACCCACUUUGUCUGUUAAAGACUGUCAAUGUAAAAGAACUACUAUACCUCCUGCCCAUACGUUGGUGGGCAUGGUUCAUGAAUGAUGAAUGAACAGGAAAUUACUUGCCCGGAUGCAA